AAUAAUAGUUUUUGAUCAGGCACCUUUGGGGACGCCAUCUUCAGGGGUCCUAAUAUUGAAAACUAUCAAGCGCCGUCGUUUACUGACUAAACUUAUAUUAACUGAAGCACAUGAGUAGCAGUAUGCCUGCUGAACGUAAGAAGUCCGUCAACAUGGAGGAGAGAGAGACGGGCUCCUUCAGCAACAAGGACAGAGACGCAGACAGACAGGCCGCCGCGUCCCGCGACAAGAGCAAAGACGAGACCAAGAUGAGCGCGAAGAAGGACGGAGGCAAGACGGCGGAAGAUAAGAAGAGACGGGCUGAGGAGGACAAGAGGAAGAAGGAGGAGAAGGAGAGGAAGAAGAAAGAAGAGGAGAAGCAGAGGGCAGAGGAGGAGCAGAAGAAGAAAGAGAAGGAGGAGAAGAGACAGCAGGAGGAACAGGAGAAGAAGCUUCUGGAGGAGGAAGCCAAACGACAGAAAGAGGAAGAGGCUGCACAGCUCAAGGAGAAAGAGGAGGCGGAACAGCUCCAGCAGGAGGCGUGGGAGCGACACCACGGCAGAAAGGAGCUGCGCGUGAAGAACCAGCACGCGCCGGAGACGCGUCCCAAGGAGGCCUUCUUCAGCCGCCUGGACUCCAGCCUGAAGAAGAACACGGCGUUCGUCAAGAAGCUCCGCACGCUCACGGAGCAGCAGCGCGGCUCGCUGUCGCAGGACUUCGACUCGCUCAACCUCAGCAAGUACAUCGGCGAAGCCGUGAGCUCCAUGGUGGAGGCCAAGCUGAAGAUCUCGGACGUGGGCUGCGCCGUGCAUCUCUGCUCCCUCUUCCACCAGCGCUACACUGAUUUCGCACCGCAUCUCCUUGCCGCCUGGAAGAGACACUUCGAGGCCAGGAAGGAGAAGAAGUCGCCCAACGUGAGCAAACUACGAACCGACCUGCGCUUCAUCGCCGAGCUCACCAUCGUGGGUCUGUUCACGGAUAAAGAAGGGCUGUCGCUCAUCUACGAGCAGCUGAAGAACAUCAUCGGUGCCGACCGAGAGACGCACACUCACGUUUCCGUCAUCAUCAGCUUCUGCAAGCACUGCGGAGACGAUAUUGCCGGGCUGGUGCCACGGAAGGUCAAGAACGCGGUGGAGAAGUUCAGCUCAUCCUUCCCUCCCAGUCAGAUCAUUAAUGCGGAGAAACAGCAGCCGUUCCAGAACCUGCUGAGAGAAUAUUUCACCUCUCUCACUAAACACCUGAAGAAAGACCACCGAGAGCUGCAGAUCAUUGAGAGGCAGAACAGGCGUAUCCUGCAGUCUAAAGGAGAGCUCAGCGAGGACAGACAUAAGCAGUAUGAGGAGUUCGCCACCUCCUAUCAGAAGCUGCUGGCGAACACGCAAACGCUGGCUGAUCUGCUGGACGAGAACAUGCCUGAACUUCCUCUGGACAAAUCCAUCCAGGAAGAACACGGUCCGGGCAUCGAUAUCUUUACGCCGGGGAAACCGGGAGAGUACGAUCUGGAAGGAGGCAUCUGGGAGGACGAGGACGCGCGUAACUUCUACGAGAACAAGGUGGAUCUGAAGGCGUUUGUUCCUGCUAUCCUCUUCAAGGACAACGAGAAGAGCAGCCAGACCAGCAAAGUCGAAGCGCUGGACAUCACUGAUGAGCCGAUAGAUCUGGACGUAGCCGAGGAGGCCGAAAAUGAAGAACUGGCCAAAAAGUUACUGGAUGAGCAAGAGCAGGAGGAUGAGGAGGCCAGCACCGGCUUUCAUCUCAAACUCAUCGUGGACGCUUUCAUCCAGCAGCUCCCAAACUGCAUCAACAGAGACCUGAUUGACAAGGCUGCAAUGGAUUUCUGCAUGAACAUGAACACCAAGUCCAACCGCAGGAAGUUGGUUCGAGCUCUUUUCACGGUGCCCAGACAGAGGCUGGAUCUGUUGCCGUUCUACGCUCGUCUGGUGGCCACUCUGCACCCGUGUAUGUCUGACGUGGCAGAAGACCUCAGCUCAAUGCUCAAAGGAGAUUUCAGAUUUCACAUCAGAAAGAAGGACCAAAUCAACAUUGAGACCAAGAAUAAGACCGUGAGGUUCAUCGGGGAGUUGGCCAAGUUCAAGAUGUUUUCCAAAACGGACGCACUGCACUGCCUCAAGAUGCUGCUGUCUGAUUUCUCUCACCAUCAUAUUGAGAUGGCCUGCACACUGCUGGAGACGUGUGGACGCUUUCUCUUCCGCUCACCGGAAUCUCACCUGUGCACGAGCGUCUUACUGGAGCAAAUGAUGCGUAAGAAGCAGGCUCAGCAUCUGGAUGUGCGUUACGUGACGAUGGUGGAGAACGCCUAUUACUACUGCAACCCGCCGCCGAUGGAGAAGACGGUGCGCAGGAAGAGGCAGCCGCUGCAGGAGUACAUCCGCAAACUCCUCUACAAAGACCUGUCCAAGGUCACCACUGAGAAGGUGUUGAGGCAGCUGAGGAAGCUGCCCUGGCAUGAUGCUGAUGAGAAGAGUUACCUGAUCUGCUGCAUGAUCAACAUCUGGAACGUCAAGUACAACAGCAUCCACUGCGUGGCCAACCUGCUGGCAGGACUGGUGGCGUAUCAGGAGGAUGUGGGCAUUCAUGUGGUGGACGGCCUGCUGGAGGACAUCCGCCUCGGCAUGGAGGUGAACCAGCCCAAGUUUAACCAGCGGCGUAUCAGCAGCGCUAAGUUUCUGGGUGAGCUGUAUAACUACCGUAUGGUGGAGUCUGCCGUCAUCUUCCGAACGCUCUUCUCCUUCACCUCGUUCGGUGUGAACACAGACGGUUCCCCGAGCCCGCUGGACCCCCCCGAGCACCUGUUCCGCAUCCGCUUGGUCUGCACCCUGCUGGACACCUGCGGACAGUACUUCGACCGCGGCUCCAGCAAGAAGAAGCUCGACUGCUUCCUCAUUUACUUCCAGAGGUACGUCUGGUGGAAGAAGAGUCUGGAUGUGUGGACUAAAGAUCAGCCGUUCCCCAUCGACAUCGAGUACAUGAUCACAGACACGCUGGAGCUGCUGCGGCCCAAAAUGAAGAUGUGCUCGUCUCUGGAUGAGGCCUGUGCUCAAGUCACACAGCUGGAGAGAGAGUUCCUCGUCAAACUGGGCCUGGAGAAAGACGGCCGCUCCUCCAGCGCCAUGGGCGAGAACGAGCCUCUGGAUGAGGAGGACGAUGAUGACGAAGACGAGAGAGGUGCGGAGACCGAGGAGCAGUCUGGAAACGAGAGCGAGAUGAAUGAACCCGAGGAGGAGGAGGGCUCAGACAAUGAGGAAGAGGAGCGUGAGGAGGAAGAGGAGAACACAGACUAUCUGACCGACUCCAACAAAGAGAACGAGACGGAUGAAGAGAAUAACGAGGUCACUCUCCGCAGCGGAGGACUCAAACACGUGGCGUGUGCCGAGGACGAGGACUUCAUCCAGGCGCUGGACAAAAUGAUGCUGGAAAACCUGCAGCAGCGCAGUGGAGAGGCAGUGAAGGUCCAUCAGCUGGAUGUGGCCAUUCCCCUGCAGUUAAAGAGCCAGCUGAAGAAAAGCCCGGCCCCCUCCUGCGACACAGACAUCAGCGCCACCAUGCAGUUUGUCAUGCUCACACGCAAGGGCAACAAACAGCAGUUUAAGAUCCUGAACGUGCCGCUGUCAUCUCAUCUGGCGGCGAAUCACUUCAACCAGCAGCAGGUGGAGCAGGAGGAGCGCAUGCGCAUGAAGAAGCUGACGCUGGACAUCAACGAGCGGCAGGAGCAGGAGGACUAUCAGGAGAUGAUGCAGUCACUCGCUCAGAGACCCGCUCCCGCAAACACCAACAGAGAGCGCCGGCCGCGAUACCAGCACCCUAAAGGAGCCCCGAACGCGGACCUCAUAUUCAAGACUGGCGGCAGGAGACGCUGAUGAUGUAAGACUGAGCAAACGAGUCAAAGAGAGACAUGGAGAGAUGGACAGCGGUGCUGCUCUGGGACGGAGACAGCAUCACCACGGCAACCAGAGACGAGCCGCAUCAGCUGGUGGACACGGAUGGGAACACACACACACACAUACACAUGCUGGGCUGAAAUGUCUCAGCAUGGACACACAGGAUGGAGGUGGUUUUAUUUUGCCAGGAACCGCUUGAUGGUUCGAUAGCGAGCGAACGGAGACUCUAAUGGAGAAAAACUCAGUGUUUUUGUCCUUCAGACAAACUUUGGGACGUGUUCUGAUCUUUCUCCUGAUGUUUUUUCUCACUGAGCGAGACGUGCAUGGGCUGAACGCAGCUGCUAACACAUUCGCUGUUGCAGUAAAGUGACUUUUUGUGACCGUGAGAAUGCUUGUUUGUGUCUGUGCUCUCUAAAAACACUCACCAGCUUGUUUUACAGCCGUCGUGAGACGCUGAACUCACUAACUAGUGCAGCUGAUCAGAUGCAGUCGAGCCGGACACAAACACGCGCCUGUGGGAGGACUGGUAACGUGAACGUCUGUUUAUCUGCUGAAGGCCUGUAAGUUUGGGACUCUUUUAAGUAUCUUUAAAAUACAUAGAAACAACUUAAAUCGCCCCCUGAGGCUGUUUUAGUACAUGAUUUGCAGCUCAUCCUGUCUAUACACAUUAUUAAAAUUCAUAAAACCACAACAUGAUUAAAUUCAGCUUUAAAUA